UAUAGUAAAUAACAAUGCCGGCGAAUUUACAAUUAUUUAUAGACUACAAGCAAAGUGUUAUGUGUUAUAAGUGUUGAAUUUGGUAAAUAAUGAAUGUGAAUGUUAUAACAGUGAUCCUUGAAGACGUAAAGAGAAUAAUCUACCAAAUGACAUGAUUGCAGUGACGGCAGUGGGGGAGGGGGAAGAUGGCUCUGGUAAUGUUGCCGUGCGACCUGCCGUGGUGGCCGAUGCUACAGCGCCAUCUCAAACACCUCACGACGGACGACUGUGACCACGUGUCAGCACUGCAGAGCAUCCACAACCUCUGCAAUGUUGGCCUGGACCCAGAUGAGAGAGACAGUCCGGACCUGACAGUGUUUGCGAUGCUGGAGACAUUCCUGGCAGAGGCGAGUGAUACGGAGAAGGCUCACAUCUUGGGAGAGACAAUACCUGCGAUGGCUCGGCGUGCACUGGACCUUCGUAGCCUCAGACCUCCUGGCGGACUGCACUUCAGCCUACAACAGCAACAAGAUCGGAUUGAGUUUGAUAGGAACUUCAUUGCUUCACUUCUUGCCCAUUUGUUCUUCUCAACUUUUCCAAAGAGAACACCAAAGACUCACCCGACCCUCCAGGACUUCAACUUUACAAACUUCUUUAAACAUCUGGACCUAAACUUCCAAAAGUCUAAACUAAGAAGUUUCUUUCACUACUUUGAUCUAUUGGAGCGGAAUGGAGUGCCUUCAUCAAAAAUUAUUUUUUCAAGGCAGGUGAUGUCAGGCAAGGAGUGGUUGACUAUAGAGGACUGGCUGGAGUGUGGCUUGCCUCUGUGUCCUCUGAUGAUAAGACAUGAAGGCCGGUUGGACCGAGCCCCUACUGACCACCUCGUCGUCUGCUUCACCAGCUCUCGGAUCGGCGGACAUGUACUCAGCAGCGGUAGCUCGUGGGAGUGCCUGCAGCUGUUCCAGUGUCCAGAGAUCCUCAGUGCCUUGCUGUUCUGUGAAGCGUUGGAGGACAACGAAGUGGUCACUCUAGAGGGGGUGGUGCAGGUGUCUAGGGUCACUGACCCCCGCUACAAGGCUACACUAGAAUUGAUCAAUGCACCUGUCACGUUAACCUCACUGCUAAUGGAUGCUGAGAACUACUCUAAGCUUCCACUGAGCCAGUAUGAAGAGGACAAUUUCCUGCGGGAGUUGAACAAGUCUCUGCUGGGGUUCAGACAGCGCGCCGCCCCUCCCCCUCCACCCACCACGAGACGACUGUCGCCCAUCGGAGAGUCGUUCAGUUCUACACCUCCCGAGAAUGAUGAAGCGUACAGCAAGCCUGUACAACCACCUCAGAAGGUGAAGCCCGAGCUGGGUCCUCUAGCAACCAUUCCUCCCGUCAGCAUCCGACGGAGAUUCAUCCUCCUGGGCUCGUCAGGUGAAUGUCUUCCAAUCUCCCGUAACCCUGCCAGCCGCUACUCCUCCUGCCACUCCUCUGACGAUGGUGAUCAGUACUUCUCAGCUAGGACCAGCAUCAGCGAGACUUUGGAGGAAGAAGAGGAGGGUGAACACAACUACAGUGCGCAGUUGGACACACCAGAGCGAAGGUGUACGUUUGCCCAGCGACUGAGAGAAGCACUGGACAGAGCACAGUCCAGUGAGAGCUCAGAGUCUAGCUAUGCUGUAGGUAUCAGUGUGACAGGCUCUAGUACAGGAGACAAUGAUAUCAGGAUGAGAAGAGGAGGCUCCAGAGGGUUCAUGUUGGAGGAAGAGUCAGUAGAUGAGAGAGGGAGGAUGAGGCGGAGAGAAAUGAGGGAACCUUCCCGACCUUACAAGAGAGGAAACUCAUCACGAUACAGCUUCAGUACAGAGUACAGCUCAGACUUGGAAGAUGUGUAUGAGCAGUUGGGAAAGUGGCUGGAUGAGGCUGGAGACUAUGCUGAUGGAGAAUGUGAUAGGCAGAGACUGAGGGACGUGGCUGUGGUGCAGUUUGCAGGCAGUCUGCUCAAGAGAACGCUCAGUGAGUCUUUUGUGGGAGUCCCACUGGAGACGGGCGGUGAACAAGGAGAGACAGAUGACUCUGAGACCAAACAGAAGAUGAAGCUGGCCAUGGCGGCCAGGAGCCUCAGUCUGGAGCUGGCUAGACACAAGCACAAGCUGGCUGCUCAGUUGGUAUCACUGGUGGGCCAGAGACGAGACUGUGAACUCAACUUGCUGCCAGUUGCAACUGGUAACUGGGGCUGUGGCAGUAGUUGUCUGGGGGAGCCACAACUGAAGGUGCUGAUACAGUGGCUGACAGCCAGUGUGGCGGGAGUGCCUCAUCUGCUGUACUUCACCUGCUGUCACUACAAGCUGUUCAAGCUGGAUACAGUUUGUAGAGUUCUCCUGGACAGACAGUGGAGUGUAGGGGAGCUAACAGGGUCUAUACUGAGGUAUCUGCAGGCUACCUUAGACAACCCCAACCCCAUGGACAGUUCAACACUGUUCGAAUUCCUCAUCGGUUCUGAGGAAAAACCACCCCACGAUUCCCCACCCUCCGAUACAUCACCAUAGUUUUAACCAAAUGUUGUCAUUGAGUUUAGUUUUUAUACAUUUGUGCCUGAGGCAGUUUCAAACGGUUUUAGGAUAGAUAUAUUUUUAUGAUAUAAACAGCAUGAUUUGUAUGAUGUACAACAAAUGCCCUUUUAAAGUUGUUAAUGUGUCUAUUUUGAUAUUUUUUUUGGAAAUUUUAUAAUAAAAUGUAAAUAAAGGAUUUUUAAAAGAUUAUUGUAGCCAAGACAUUUUUGCACUAAAGUUAAAAUUUUGAAUGGAUACUUCAUCAACAAAGUUAUUUUUAUGUAUUGUUAAUUUUUGCACUAUCUGUGUAACAAAUCAUCUAAACUUCCAAAGGUCCUUAAAAAUUGUCAACUGACCUUUAUUUUUUCUGAAUCAUGAUUAUCUAAGCUACAAUAACUUUAUUUUACCCAACCAUAUUCAAUGAAUUAGAUUUUUUAUGGUUUGUUAUAAUUAAUUUAAUUUUAAAUAUCCUUAGUUUUGGAAUCAUUAUUAUUUAGUGUCUGUACCAAAUUGUCAAACAUAUGCAUUUUAUACUUUUCUACGGCUGUUUUGCCCUUAUGAUGAAAAAUUACUAUCUAUACAGUAUUAGUUCAGUUUUUAUAAAAUUUAGAUUUCAGAAGAAGGUAAGGAAGCCUACUUUGAUAUGAAAAUCAACGUUUUUAGGGGAAAAUGUUUGAAUAACAUUAUUGGUCUUUAAAGGCUUGAACAUUUAGUCACUAAAUCAUAUUUCGUACAUAUUUUCAUAUUUUUAUGUAAGUUAGUUAUGAAGUACUUUUUCCCAAACAAAUUUUAUGAAAGAUAAGUAUUUAAUUUUACAAACAAUAUCCUAUUUUGUAAAGACUUUUUAUGGUAAAAAUGAAGAGGAUGCCUUCAUAAAUAAUUGUUCGAUUGCUAAUCACAACCUGUUAAAUGACAUUGACUUGUAACAAAUAUGAUAACUUUAAUUAGAUUUCAUAAUAGGAUGUUAUGUAUGUUAUAAGUAGUUAAUAGGCCUAAAGGUAUUAUCAUAACGAUUCCCAGUCAUUGUCAAUGUUUAACUUAACACCAUGAUGAAAAGAUUAGUCAAGUAUCCUUAAAAUCAAUCAGUUUAAACAAACUUCAGAUGUAUCAAAUCACCUCAGCUAAAUAAUGCCGUAGUUUUUUAUUUGCAAAGUAAUAAAGAGUCUUAUGUAAUAAAUAGUAACAAGAAAUUGGCAAAUUGGCUGUUAUAUAUUGACGUUUACAUAUUGUUAAUCAACGUAUCUUAUAAAGGAUUAAGUGAUCUAGUUUAAAAGGAAUAUGACCUUUCUGUCAUGGCAGUAGCUGCUUAAAUAGUAUUUUCUCUUUGUACCAUAUUUUACAGCCAAAAUGUUGUGUUUUCAAUAAUUUUACCAACCCAGUGCACCAAAGUUUGUAAUAUAGGCAGGUGCAAAUAAUUUGUCAAGAUGGGUACCAUUUUAGGCAAGGUUUCUAUGGGUUUUAUUCGACACGAUAAAAGCAGAUAUUUAUACAUACCGUAAGAAUUGCAAAACAUGACAUGAUAAAGAAGAAAAUCAAUUUUAAAAUCAUAAAAUAACAUUGCAAAUAAUUAUUUGGUAGAAUUCAGUAACUCCCAAUAGUGUGUUGUUUUAAAUACAAUUUAAAAAUGAACAGCUGUUUCAUUAAAAAGUAUUAUUCACAAGGCCGAAAUGUAAACAACUCUGUGGAGGGAUCUUUAAAGACUUCUGGGGCAGAGUCCUAAGGGAUUUUGCUUAGUUUUUCUUUUGAUAACUCAUCUACAGACCAAGACCUUUCUUUGGACACCUCUACCAAGUUUCUACGCCCAGCCGUUCUCUCAAAUUAGAAGGGACAAAGUUUCCAAUUAAAUAUUAAGAUUCCCCCAUGUUAAUCUUAUGGGAGAAACUCCAACUUUGAUGGCCUGUGGGGCAAAGCCCAAGGACUUUUAUUACAUGAAUUGGUGAAAGGGGGCGUCUACACAAAAAAUACUUUAUUUUGACACGUUAUUUGUAAAAAUCCAUUCAUUAUUAACGGAGGAGUAGUGUUUUGUAGAAAUCGCCUUCACGUAUUAUAUAUAAGGAUACCUAAACAUUUGUUUGUGUAGGUUAAACAUUUCAGCUGUGUAACAUGAAUAUUUAGUAAAGAUGAAUGCUAAUAACUGUCAAAUUAGCUCUUACCCAUUGAGCGAAUAUUUUUCAAACUUAUUUCAAAUUAAUGUCAUGUUUUGAAAUGGUUUUAGUAAGUUACCUUGAACCAAAACUUGUCGUGAUCCCCUCAAGGCCUAGUCUGCAGUAACAGUUGCGAACUAGAACCUGGAAAAAAUACCUUAAACCGUAAUAUUUCAACAUUUAUAAGACUCCUUCUCAUCAUGGUGUUGACCACGUAAAAACACACUAGAAACCGCUGUAUGUUAUUGUAGUUGACUGGCUCAAGGUUAGGAAGUGUUUGUACAGGUUUACUUUGUACAUAUCUGGAUGUUUUGUUAGCGAUGUGCUUACAAAUUGUACCAUACUGUAACGUCGUAGAGACUGAUAGGCGACCCAAGCCAAUACAGAGUCUUCCACCUUCUCCUCCUCAUUGUAAUGAUUAUCAGUUACUCAUAGAGCUGGGUGACCAGUGACAAUCCAAAUCCAUAUACUUCAAUAUUUCAACCAUAUUUUAGAGUAUUUUUUUUUAUUUGUUGCUUCUUGGUUAGUCUUGUAACAUUUUAGAGGGGUUCAUUCAAAAUAUUGUGUAUUUCUUAAUAAAUUGAAUGAAAAUUGCUUACUUAGUUGAAAAAGUUUAGCAUUUCAAAAACAAUCUUUCGGUUUUUGUAUCUUCGUGGACACUGGAUAGGCAACCUUGGUCCAAAGGUUUAGGCUUGUGUCCUAAGUCAAGUUUUGUUCACCCGUAUGUUUGCCGGUCUUUAAUUACUGCUCUAUUACUUUAUUACUGCCGUUCAAAAAGGUUUACACCAAAGGGGAUUAGAGAGCCCAGUACUAACAAUUAUAUUUUUAAAAGUACAAAUAUAACUAAAAAAUAAACAAAAGUGAUAUUCUGGUCUCUCUUAAGGCGGCUCCAGACAUGCGCCAUUCGCCAAGCACCGAGAAGUGACUCUCUGAAUCGUGAGUACUGUCUGUGGAUACGUCUUUGUCAAUGUGACAAGCAGCAAACAUUUGUGCUCGUGUUUUCCCUUUUAUUGUCGGUAUUUUACACACAUCAAAGUAAACGAAUAUUUUAUAUUCUUGAAACGAACAAUUGCUCGGAAAACAACACAUGACUGUAGACGUCUACUCGAUAAUCGGCGAAUAGCAAGACAACUAGAACUCCAAACGUCAAAUAUUUUGUGCUUGGCAACUGACGCAUGUUGUCUGGAGCCGCCUUUAUAACUUAACUGUAAAUUUGAAACCCUACUGCACAAAAAUCUGUCAAAGUUUGAAUAUUUUUAUCUGCAACAGUAAAAUAUAACAAAUAAAAUGUAUAGUUGUAUAAUCAUAGAUCAAUUUUCAUGAAAUUUGCUAUCAAAUUACCAGAACCUUUUUUAGAAACUACAAACUGCAUUGUUUUAGGUGUGCUUGUAAUAGUGGGAAAUCCCCUAGUCCCUAGUCCUCUUUUGUUUAAAUCGGUUGAGCAGUAUAAAGGACACACCAACGAACAGCACCCUGCUUAGGACACUGGCCCAACCCUUCGGUCCGAGGUCGUCAGUCUCAGACAAGUUUUCUAUGCAAUUAAUCAUAACGUGCUUGAUUUUUCUCUACUAUAAUUGUUUAUUAGCAUUUUAUUCUUGUAAACAUUUUAUCCUAUAUUGAAACAUCGUAUCACUGUUUUAAACAACUUGUGGCCUAUUAAAAAUUUAUUUUUUACACUGAGAUACUUAACUUAGAUCAUGGAAUGAGGGAGGAGAGACUUUCCUUGCUUUCCUACUUACUCUAGUCCUUAAAGCUUAAUAUAUUUUGUGCUGUUUUGGAAGUAAAUUUUGAUUGUAUGUGGAAUAAAACAUUAUUUAUAGA